GCGAGGGCUGUAGAAGAAGGCUGAGCGAAUUUAAAAUUUUACGAAAUUAAUGAUCAUUUUGAUUUAAUAGUUCAAUGUUUUUGAAAAACAACAUGACAUUAGAAAUUGUUUAUUUGUGGACUAGUGAGUGAUUAAAUCUUAGUGCCAAGGUUCAACACGAGUAAAAUUGUUGUGAUUGAUUUUCGCAAUGUUGAAGUUUAAAAAAAUGGGCUCUGAUAAAGUCCCUCUGCUCUUAGUAACUGCAAAUGUCGGUUCUAUAUUUGAAGAUCCAUCCGUCAUGCUACCAAUAUGGACUUCAGAAUUCCUUCAAGCCGUAUCAAGAAUGGACCCGAAAUUCAUAGCCUUGCAUUUACAAGAAGUUGGUGGGAAGGCGUACGAGAAGUCGAUGCAGUAUGUUAAAGAUUUCGUGCAACGGCUGUGUGACUGCCCAGAGUUGAGGCUCUACGACAAGAUCAGGAUAUUUCUUGAUGAAGACUUUAGCUCGCCUGAAAAGUUUACUGCGCUUGGCAACAUGUACUUCGCACAUACAUCACUGACUGAUCUCAAAAUAUGGGACUUUGAGAGACGGAACUACGUAGAAGUGACGGGCAAAGAAGUGAACAGUGGUAACAUUGAGAAGAUCACCACUAAGGAGAAAGUCAAGUUUCCACAGCACUUCUUUCCUGAGUGCAAAUGGUCUCGCAAGGGAUUCCUCCGUACACGCUGGUCCAUUCGAGGUACAGCUGUGGAGUUUGUGAACAUCCAUUUGUUUCACGAUGCUUCGAACUUAUUGGCAAUGGAGUCUUAUCCUUCUGUGUACUGCCGAAGCCGACGGCGUGCGUUACGUCAUACCUUAAGACACCUGCAUUCUGAUGUCAACGCGGCACCUUACUUCAUAUUUGGAGACUUCAACUUCCGAACUGAUACUGGAGGCGUUGUGAAGAGAAUAACAGACAAUUUAAUCGCAAAUCGAAUGUCGAAUGGGGCAAAUGUUGAAUCGUCGAAGAUGCAAUACCGAUCUAAGAGUGAAGACAGAGUGGUUCUAACAAUUGGCAAGAAGGAGUUCUCUCAUGUUGACCAUCAGAAGCUCUUCAGGGAGUCCUGGCUCCAAAAGUACGAUCGUGAAUUAGAAGCCUUAAAGCCGCAUUUGUACGAAUUUCCGGUAAAAUUUCCGCCAUCUUACCCCUUCGAGGAAGACGUUCAUUUGCCCACACAUUAUAUGAAAACUAGGUGUCCAGCGUGGUGCGACCGAGUGCUUCUCUCACAGUCCGCGAGACUUUUGGUGCAAGAGAGAGCUGAAAAUCGUGUGCAUAACUCUAGGAAGUCCGUAACAGACUCGACGGACAGUGGAAGUGGAAGGUUGUCUUCGUCAGAUAGCAGCCCAGCCAGAUCCGCCUCACCAGCUAGACAUAACAACCAGUGGAGUCCAAAUAAAAAACUCGAGAAAAAAGGCAGCGUCGCUGAAAUAGAUGGUUUGAAUGUUCCUGUACCUACAGUCAGUAGAAAGAGUAUUGCUGAUCCCACCAGCGUUCAGCAGGCUAUUAAUGCAAGAGUUUCAGACUCGGACGCAACGCCUGGCAGACGUAAACUAGUCCGAAAUCAAUCAGAGGGUUCGCCGAAAGGCGGUGAAUCUUCUGAAAUAAGACGUCUUAUAGACGCACCUUCUAGGCGAAGGAAUGAGUACGGAGUUAUUGGAGACGCAACUUGUAUGGGAGAUCAUAAGCCAAUAUAUUUACGGGUGAUGCUGCAAAGCGAUCGAGGUACCGAUAAAGAAAAUAGACCUCCCGCACGUCUAACCCCCACCCUGCGUAGAAUUCCAACCGACCCCGAUCUGAUCAAAACCCCAAAAAUUCUAUAUAGCAGUCACCCAGACAAACUAUUAUCCGAUGAAUUUAGACUCAAAAGGACGCGUACGGGCUCUCUUAACGAAAAGUUAUUUAGGAUUCCCUACGUACAAAUAACUAGUGCGGAUUAUUGUAGCUAUAACGAUAUAUUCGUUAAUGAUAUCGACACUACCCUGUUAAGCCCCAGGCAAUGCUUAGAUCCAUACACACCGGAAAGUGUCGAUUCUCAUUCGCCCGACGUCGAAGUAUCGUCCGAGGAACAAACGGAACUUAUCGAUACGAUAGAUUUAAAAUCUAAAUUGUCGCGGGAUCGAAGCGUGUCGCCCACGCAGUUGAAAUCUCGAUUAGACAGGUUGUUGAAUGAGACAGAUGAAGUUCCUAAGUUGCAUCGAUUAGAUAGCAAGGAGUCUUGCAAGUCGGAUAGUAGUCGAAAGGGCCUUUGCUGUUUAGCGCUCAAGUGUUAUGGUUUUUGUAGACGUGUGAAGUUGAAGUGUAGUUGCUUCAAAUGCACCUGAUGCUUUAUUGAUCUGAUAAAGUACUGCGAUGUACUUAGUUUUAUUGACAUGUCUGCUAGUAUCUAUAGAUUUUUGUGACUCGAAUGAUUUCACGGCAGAUUUUCACUAGUGAAUUCUUUUUUAUGACACGUUUUGGUAGAUACCAGUUACAUUGUUGUGCUUAAUGCAAUUGACUUGCAUGCAUAGUAUGCAUAUGCAAUAGCCUUAAGAUUAUGUCUAUAAGCUUAGUGUACUAGAUGCAUUGCCAUUGUACGCAUGUACGUUCGUUUGCAGCGUAUAAGUGCGUUAGAACGUACGUUUCUUUUUCGUUACAUUUAAUACUGUGAUCUAGCCUAAAAAGGCUAAACAUUUCUAUUCUAUCGUAAUCAUUAUAUUUUAAUCAAACUUAUAUAACCAAUUUUUUGACGUUAUUACGUAUAAUGAAGUCAAAGGAGUAUGCGUUUAGUACUCUAUGCUCGCGACGGGUGUACUUAUAAGUUUUCUACUAGUCGAAUAAAAUGCAUGGCUACUUAAAUGGUGUUUUAAAGCUCGGAUUUUAUGUCAUAAAUCAUUAUUUUACUAAUGUUGUGUACUUAAUUUUGAAGAUAUUUUUUAAUCUCAUUUAUGUAUAUUAAAUCUCAAUUAUCAUAUAUAUUUUGAUCAUGCAAAAUUUUGAAAAACUUAUAGUGAUCGUGAAGUUCGAGCGAUGUUAAUGCAUUUAAUCGUUUUGUAAGUGUUUUACUUUAACCUAUAAGGUUCUAUAUUGUAUUUUUUUAAUGUGUUACCAACCGUUUUUAAUUUUUAUACUUUAACUGAGAUUUCAAUGAACAUUCGGUUUUAACUUGUACUUUCUACAUCUGUUUUAAAUUUUAUGUCUAUCUGUAAAUAGAUGGUUAGGCUGAUAAAAAAAUAUUUCGUCCAGAAGCGAUCUUCUAAUUACAUAAAUGGCGAAAUAAAUAACGAAGGUAGUUGAUUACUAUUAAAGUAUACUGAAAAACUUUUUAAAUGUUGAUACAAUAUAGGACUAUUAUUAUGGUUUAAUUAUAAGUUUAAAAUGAUACCAAAUCGAUAUAAUUCUAGUCUUAUAUGAGUCUGUCCUUUUCUGGUGCUAUUUUUAAUCUAGGGAGUGCAAAAAGGACAAAGAACUUGUACUCAGUAAAGUAUUAUAUUUAACUAAGAAUACUUCUUAGAAUUAUUGUGGCUUCUCGCUUUUAAAAAACAUCAAAUAUGAUUUGUUCAGAAAAAAUCGCGUCUUUUCUUUAAAAACAAUAUGAGAUAUAUAAAAAAUAAAUUACUUUGUUCAAAUUAAAACAAAGUAAUUGCUGUAUCGAUAAGCGAUCUCAUUCUAUAUAUCUUGUAAAAGCAAGAAGGUAAGGCUAUCUUAGAUAUCCAACGACAACGUCAAAUUAUAAGUAGAUUUUUAAUAUAAACGUCUUGUUUUUUGUUGCUGGAACUCGAAUGUUUAAAACAAAUAGUCGUGAUUGGUGUUCAUUGACUUUUAGUGUCCUUUUCAAGGCUUUUUGACUUUUAUUUAAGAAUGUUAAAAAUAUGGGGAUUCGUGCAAAUUAUACUUUUUACAUCUAUUUUGUAGGCUUAGGGAGUUCGAUUAUUCAAUCAAUGGAAGAUUAUUAUGACUGUGUGUUGUGUUUAACUCUCAAUUAAUUGUCCCGUACACCUGAUUUGUUAUAAAUAAAAGAUUUUUGCUUCUGACUAAUAUUUAGUAAAAAAUUGACAUACAACUGACUACAGAGUUAAACUCACUAAACUACCAAUAAUGCUUGUUAUUGUUAAUUAGUGCUUAAUAAACAUUCCUCAUUUCA